AUGCACUUACGCCAUGGUGGUAUUGUGCUGGAUUCUGGUGAUGAUGUGAGUCACAAUGUCCCCAUUUAUGAGGGGUAUGCUCUUGCCCAUGCCAUCCUUCAUCUGAACCUUGCUGGUCGUGAUCUCACAGAAUAUCAUAUGAAGAUCCUCACUAAAAGAGGUUACAUGUUCAUCACAUCAGAUGUGAGGGAAAUUGUCCGUGACAAGAACAAGACGUUUGCUUACGUGGCACUUGACUAUAAGUUAUUACAAUUGGAGCUGGAAGUCCUCUACCAGCCUUCUUUGAUAGGAAUGAAAGCUGCUGGAAUUUACAAGACAACCCACAACUCAAUCAUAGAGCGUGAUUUCGAUAUCAGGAAGGAUCUGUAUCGUAACAUUGUCAUCAGUGAUGGUUCCAUCAUGUUCCCUGGCAUUGCUGACCGUAUCAGCAAAAAAAUCACCGCCUUCACUCCCUGCAGCAUGAAGAUCAAACUUGUUGCACCACCUGAGAGAAAGUACAGUGUCUGCAUUCAACGAUCAAUGCUUGCAUCUCUCAGCACAUUCCAGUUUAACUUCAAUAUCAAAACUUGGAACCGACACUGUCUAUUUCUAAGUGAUUUGAAAGCCUUCAUUCCUUCUCAUUCUGGUAAUAACAUUCACGAUAAUACCCUGUUGCCAGAAAACUCCAAUGUAUUAGAGUAA